AUGGGAAUGCCAAGCAAAAAAGACCCGCAGUGUGCGCGGAGAAUGUCGGUGGGCACAGUAGAAAGCCAGGCGCUAGAUAUAGCAAACAUGCAUGCAUACUUUAAAGAGCGCCCUGCGCUGGUUGAAAGUGCGUUUCACGAGUUGGAGAAGAUUUCUAAUGACCCAGUAGUAAAGAAAAUAAACAGAAGGCACUCUGAUCAAUUUCGAGCAGUAGAGACCAAUAGGCUAUUCUCUGAGAUGGAGAACAAUCGAAAGCUAAGGAUGAUACAUAAGUUCCAAAAAGACCAUGUAAACAUAUCAAGUAUAACAGAUAAGUGGAGGGAGGUUCUUCUAUGUGCAUUUGAAGACCUUGUAAAGUAUACAGAAGCAAAGCCAAUAGAGCUUUAUAAGGGAUUCCAUCUUAAGACAAUACACGUAGACAAGGAGGAGGUAGGAAUAUACAGUGAAUACGAAUCAGAGACAGAAGAAGAGUAA